AUGUCUGCCCUUCUAGCUUUUGUGCUUGUCUGUGCCAGGGUGGCGGAGGGCCUUCGGGCAGGGCCUUCUGCGGAGUAUGUUGUUUAUCCUAAGCUUCUGGAAGCAAGAGGAUUAAAUGGAGUAAAACUUCUUCACAUCAAUGAGAAACUUACUCUUCGUUUAGAAAAAAGCUCCGUACUCGCUGAAAAUUUCGUAGUAUCGAGCCUUAAUGGCGACAAACAAGUGGAUAACAUUGUGAAUGGAAAAGAAGUGGAAAAGAACAUUUACCAUGAUAAAAGUCAGAUGGCAGUGGUAUCUGUGACAGAGAAAGACGGCUUUGUGGAAGUGCGCGGGUCCUUGGGCCAUACUCUGAGAAUUGCUCCUCUACCACUGAUGGGACGGUCCGAAGAUGGACACAUGGCACACAGAGUCUUCGAAAUCGAGGAUCCUGCUGAAUUCAAAACUGAUUAUAUCGAACCAACGGAACGGAAAAUUUUGGCAAUGCCACGAAUCCGAACCCAAGUACAAAUUCCCGACGAGUUCUUUGUCGAGGUGUCGUUUAUUUUCGAUGAAUACCACAGCAAGAACUUUCCAGAUGAGGAAAGCCUCUUAGAGUACGCUGCACUAAGUGUUCAGAUGGUGAACCUGCGAUACGAGGCUACUUCGAGACCAAAAAUUACAUUUGUCCUGGUCAAUGUUAUGACACUAACAGAGGGGGACUCGUUUACGGACACGAUAGAGGCAGCAGAUAACUUGAGGCCAGAUCGCAAUAAAAGAUACAUGCUCUCUCGAAAUACCAUCAACAAUCUCGGGAAUGCUAUUAAAACCAAAAGGUUCAAGACUAAAGCAGACCUGACCGUCUUGAUCACAUCGCUGGACCUUGCAGAUUAUGUUAAUGGCGAGCUUUCCAACAGCGUCCUGGGCAUCGCCUACCUUGGGGGAGUGUGCCACGUUCGUAUGAGUGUUGGCCAAUCAGAAGACGUGCCUCAUACACACAGCAUGGUCCCUAUUUUGACGCACGAACUCGGGCACGCGCUUGGUAUGGUGCAUGACGGGGAGACAGCACGAUAUAGCACUCCUGGAAACAAAGAUCGUGUAUGCGACCCAAAAGAUGGCUUCACGAUGGCUCCUGUUGCGCACGGCCAGCGGCAGGGACAGUGGUCCCCCUGCUCCUUGGACCAAGUGCGUGGAUUUGUCAGCACUCUUAGAAAACGUUGCUUUGAUUUGUUGUCACCGGUGCAACACAGGAUAAACAUGACAGAACUUCCCGGUGCAAAACUUACGAAACAACGGUUGUGUGAAUUAACCUACCCAGGCUUCAGCGAUAUGAGCACCGAGUAUGAAUCGAAGAAAGCAAAGGAGUGCAGCGUGAUGUGUUGCCCUACGGAACUCAACGGACAGUGCCUGUAUGCCGGUUUUACGGAUGGAAUGGAGUGUGCAAGCGGACAUCACUGCGUCAAACACCAAUGUGUUAAGAAGGAGCGGCGACCUAGGCCAGCGUCGCCUACAACACAGUCAAAAAGAAGAAAAACGGCCAGGACGUGAAGGACACGCAGCACUCGAUGAAAUUCGUGGCCGUUUCGGCCGCAAAUGGGCCGAAAAUGACGCCUUUGAGGGUGAAAUGAUUGAAUUGACUA